CGGGCGCGACGGGUGGGGCGGGGCGGGACAGAGCGAGUAGAGGGGCGGCCGCACGUGCGAGACCACUACUGCAUUAAGUCCGGGGCCACGGGCGACAGUGCCCACGGCCUCUCUCAGCCGGUUCUACCCAGCCCGAGGCCCCCUGACGGGCGCGUUCCUCAGAGUGAGCGCUGGCCUGGGUCCCGGGUUGCUUCACCUUCGCGGCCGCUGUUUCUGUCCCGCUGCCGCCCCGGACCCAGCGCUCUUCUCUGACGGCAGUUGGGAAAUCUGAGAAACGUGUUGAGCUGCUGCUGUGUGCCUCUCACUACGUAUCUCUCAGUAUGCAAGUAGUUGGAAUGACCAGCAAGAUAAGAAAAAGCUUUUAGACUUUACAGCCUGAGACCACGAGGGACAAUCUUUAGACAAGUUUUAGGUUUGGAAGAGUAUCAAUCCAUCCUGUAUUCACAGCCAGAAGACUGUAGAUGAUCUUUGAGUUGGUUGCUCUUGGAAGUUUCCUUUUGUGAGGACCCUCAGAAUGAAGUCUCUCAGAACUCAGCCACCAUCUUGUGAAGGAGCCCAUAUGGAGAGGACCUAAGAUCUUACAGCAGCCAAAACCAACUUGCCAACUCUGUGAGAGAACCACCUUGGAAGUAUAUCCUCUAGUCCAAGCCAAGCCUUCAGAUGACUAUAGUCCCAGCUGACAUCUGACCACAACCUCAUGAGAGACCUUGAACCAGAACCACCCUGGCACUAGCCACAUACCAACCACUUAUUGGCCAUAUGUGGUAAAGGACUUCUAUGUUGGGAAGUACAACUCUGAGCACUUUACUGCUAUCAGCACAAAUGUAGGAAGUAGAUGCUGUUAUUAUCUUCACUUUAAAGUUGGUGAUCGGUCAGUGGUGGUCCAGCAUGCAGAAGUGAGUGAGUGGUGAAAAGCAGCAGAGCUGAUGGGUCAUGAGGAUGUAAGUGCGUUUGAAGGCUCUCACACCCUUUACUCCAGGGCAGAAGACAUCCAGGUGGCAAACAGACACAUGAAAAGAUGCUCAGUUAUCACUCAUCAGGGAAAUGGAAAUUGAAACCACAGUGAGACUGAUUGAUUUAAGAAAUCUCUACACCCAACGUGGGGCUCAAACUCACAACCCUGAGAUCAAGAGUCACAUGCUCCACCAACUGAGCCAGCCAGUGGAAGAAUGAGCAAACAGAUGUAAAAUAUAAUACAAAGUCCAGAAACAAAUCUAAAGGAAAUCCAGAAAUACCAAAAGAAAAUACAGGCAACUAUUUAUGUAAUCCUGGACUAAGGAAGGCCUCUCUAACCAUGGCUGUGUACAGAAUCAUGAAUAAACUGGAGGACAAGCAGGACCAGAUGAUACCAUGAAGAGAAGUUUACAGGCCCUCUAUUGCCAACUGUUAAGCUUCCUCCUGAUCUUGGCACUGACCGAAGCACUGGUAUUUGCCACCCAGGAACCAUCUCCCAGAGAAUCUCUUCAGGUCCUCCCCUCAGGCACCACCCCAGGCACCAUGGUGACAGCAUCCCUCAGCUCUACCAGACACUCUUCUGUGGCAACUGCCCCCACUUCUGUGGUCUCACUGACCCCCCAGCCUGAUGGACCCUCCUCACAGGCUGCAGCUCCCAUGGCAAUGACAACGCCCCAUCCAGAUGGACACCCUCCUACAAACACCGUCUCUACCAUCAUGGCGACAGCAACCACCCCACAGUCUGAAGGCCCCCUGACCACAGGGCCCCUUCCUGCUGCCAUGGAAACCACAUCCUCCUACUCAGAGGGCCAUCCCCAGGGGGAGGCUGCGCCCACCAUCCUGCUGACAAAGCCAAUGGAACCCACCAGCCGUCCUACCACAGCACCCACCCGGGCUACCACGCGCAGGCCUCCCAGGCCCCCAGGCUCUUCCCGAAAGGGGGCCAGCAAUUCAUCACGCUCUGUCUUGCCUGCACCCAGUGGCUACUCUGGGAGGAAGGAAGGCCAGUGGGGACGAAAUCAGAGCUCCACACAUCUGGGGCAGAAGCGGCCCCUGGGGAAAAUCUUUCAGAUCUACAAAGGCAACUUUACAGGGUCUAUAGAACCUGACCCCUCCACCCUCACUCCCAGGAACCCACUCUGGGGUUAUUCUUCCUUGCCACAGCCCCAGACAGUGGCCACAGCCAUGGCACCCAGCAGGACCUCGUGGGCACUACCCACCACCCCCCUGGUGCCUGCAGAGGACAAGCCAGACCUUAGCAGAGCAGCCCAGGGGGGUGGUUCCACAUUCACCAGCCAAGGAGGGGAGCUGGACACCACUGUAGCCUCAGGCGCCCCUGCCAGUCCACAACCUGCCCCAGUGCCUUCUCAGCGCCCCCACAGUGACCCACAGGAUGGCCCCAGCCACAGUGACUCCUGGAUUAUUGUCACCCCUGACAUCAACAGACCUCCAUCUACCAGCCCUGGGGUCUUUCCAGCCACCGUAGGGCCCACGCAGGCUGCCUUCAAUGCCAGUGUCUCAGCCCCUUCCAAGGGGACUCCUCAGGGAACAUCCUCAACCUCGCAGGCCCCAGCCCACCCCACCGGGGCCUCAGAAAGCACUGUUUCCCAAGCCAAGGAGGAGGCUACAGCCACCCCCACCAUGACCAACAGGGUACCCAGUCCUUUCUCCACAGUGGUGUCCACAGCCACAGGAAACUUCCUCAACCGCCUAGUCCCUGCCGGGACCUGGAAGCCUGGAACAGCAGGGAAUAUAUCCCAUGUGGCCGAAGGGGACAAACCCCAGCACAGAGCCACCAUCUGCCUGAGCAAGAUGGACAUCGCCUGGGUGAUCCUGGCCAUCAGUGUGCCCAUCUCCUCCUGCUCUGUCUUGCUGACAGUGUGCUGUCUGAGGAGGAAGAAAAAGACGGCCAACCCCGAGAACAACCUGAGCUACUGGAACAAUGCCAUCACCAUGGACUACUUCAACAAGCAUGCUGUGGAGUUACCAAGGGAGAUCCAGUCCCUUGAAACCUCUGAGGACCAGCUUUCGGAGCCCCGAUCCCCAGCCAACGGCGACUACAGAGACACUGGGAUGGUCCUCGUCAACCCCUUCUGCCAAGAAACACUGUUUGUGGGAAGUGAUCAAGUAUCGGAGAUCUAACCACAGCAGCCCUCGCUUUGCUGUUCCCUACCUUUCGUCUCUAAAUUAUAAAUACACAAAUAUAUAUUAUAAAUAUAAUCUUUGUGUAACCCUGACUUAAUAAGAAACAUUUUCAGCUUUUUUUUCCUAAGAAUUGUCAACAUCUUUUUUAUAAGUGUGGUUUAAAAAAAAAAAAAAACUUUACCGAAUGAUCUGUGGCUUUAUAAAAAUAAAGGUAUUUCUAAGCAAA